GCACAACGCCCCCUACUCACGCUCCUCGUGCUUGAAAGUUCUCUUUUGAUUUUCCCCAUCGUUGUGGCCCAAUACCGCGUUGAGGUCGGAUAGAGCGCUAACCAAAUCACUGAGUAAGGGGGAGUGUUACAGUCUACAGUGCAGAUCAUCCGCGAAGCCAAGAUGACCAAGCGCAAAGGAAAAGGUACCAAUAAACAGGACGACAGUUUGCUGCUCUUGGAGACGCCAUCUGUAACACCACCUCGGAGAUUUAAAGAAUAUGCGGUCCCUGCCAUUGUUUUCUUUAUUUUCGCUGUCGGGGGAUCAACGGCAGUCUGGUUCUGCAGCCAGCAGCAGCAAACCAUCGACAGUCUAACAGAGACAGUCAAUGCAAUGCAACUUAGGAUAACAAAGUUCCAACAGCAGUUGGGGAUGGGUAAUGCACAGAUUGCCAAUGUGGGUGUUUUUGAAGAACGUCUACAAGCACUGGAAGAAGCCUACACACAGGCCCAAAAAAAGGCAGAUGUUGCACUGGCCACUUCAGAAAAAAUUAAAUCUACUGAUUUUCAAAACCAAUUCUGGUCUCUUCAGUCUGAGAUGAAUGGCAAACUUUCUGAACUCCAGCAGGAAUCUGUUUCCACUUCAACAUUGAAUGCUGUGGUCAAGAAUAAGACAGAAGAGAUAGAAACACUGAAGCAGAGGCUUAAUUCUAUCCUUACUGCGAACUCUGAGGUAGCUGUUACCAUUUCUGGGCUCACAGACACUGUUUUGUUCACUAAAUCACGUCUUGACGAGCAAGUGUCCACUAUGGAUGGUCUCACAUCUGAGUUGGAGGAACAAAGAAUGGAACUUUCAAGUCUGAAGGAAUCCUUUAUCAGCAAUAAGAAGGCUCUUGAAAGAAACCGACAGAAGGUGAUGGACAUCAAAGACCUCCUGGAGAUGGAACAGGCAAGAAGAUCCCAAGUUCUUGAGGAGCAGCUUAUGGCAGUCCAUAGGAGUCUGGAGGACCAUCAAAAGAGUACUCAUAGUCUUCACUCUCACCUUGCUGCCCAAAUUGAGAUCAUCCAGAGUCAGAUGUUAUCUGAAAGCCAGCAGUCCAGUUCAGAGGAAAAUUUUCCAGUAGAAGAGCAGCAAGUGGAGCAAGCAGCAACUCAGGAGGAAGUUCCGAUCAAGGAUGAAGAAGUAGAAACAAAGGAACAAGCAAUUACUGAGGAGGAAACGGUAGAGGAGGUUCAUGAUGAAGAAGGGAAGCGAGUAGUACCUGAGGAGGACGAGACAGCUGAGGAUGUUCAGGUUCAUGGGGAAGAACCUGUUGAAAAGCAAACCAAUGAGAAUAAAAUUCCUGUGGAAGCUGAAGUCAAAGAAGAUGUUGCUGAAGAGCAAGCAGUAACAGAGAAUGAACAAGCUGAUGAGGUUCCAUUCCACCAGGAUAUUAUUGAGGAAGCAGUAACUCAACAGGAUGAAAUGGCAGAGGAGCUACAGGUAUCUGACAAGGAAGUACCAGCUGAGGAGGUUCAGGUCCUCGGGGAAGAAGAAUCUGUUGAGAAGCAAUUAGUAACUGAGGAGGAUGUAAUAACUGAGGAAGUUGAGAUCAGUGAUGGAUAUGUUAUUGAAGAGCAAGCAGUAACUAAAGGGGAUGCGAUAUCUGAGGAAGUUCAGGUCAACGAUGAAGAUGUUUUUGAAGAGCGAGCAGUAACUGAAGGGGAUGCGAUAUCUGAGGAAGUUCAGGUCAACGAUGAAGAUGUUUUUGAAGAGCGAGCAGUAACUGAAGGGGAUGCGAUAUCUGAGGAAGUUCAGGUCAAUGAUGAAGAUGUUUUUGAAGAGCGAGCAGUAACUGAAGGGGAUGCGAUAUCUGAGGAAGUUCAGGUCAAUGAUGAAGAUGUUUUUGAAGAGCUAGCAGUAACUGAAGGGGAUGUGAUAUCUGAGGAAGUUCAGGUCAACGAUGGAGAUGUUAUUGAAGAGCGUGCAGUAACCGAGGGGGAUGAAAUAACUGAGGAGAUUCCAGACCAAGAAGAAGAAGUUGUUUUUGAUGAGGAAGACCCAACUUCCAUAGAAGAAACAGGAGCUGACAAAAGUGUGUCAGAGGCUGUUGACAACUUCUCUGAAGAUCAGGUAGUUGAAGAUAUCAGUCAGGAGCAGACAUCACAGGAGCAAUUAGAAGAAACUGAGAAGCAGAAAGACUUGGAAGAAUUUGAAGAACACGUGCAAGACUCUGAAGAAGAAGAAGAAGAAGAACCUACUGAGGAGAUUGUGGAAGAGCUAGAUGAAAAAGCCAUUUCUAUCAAUGGAAGUUAAGUUUCUGAGAGGAUGAUGGUUCAAAAUAAAAUACUUUUUCUGAGGACUUGAAAUGAUCCAAAAUGAAUCAUGUGAUGCAUAGUAUUUCACAUUUGUUGAAAUGUUCCUCAGUCUUACGUUGUAUACCCUAAAAUGAACUUUGAACCUAGCAAUGAAUUUUUCAAAUCCAAUGGUGAAUUUGUUUUUCUAGUGAUAUCUCUUUAAAUGUUGAAGUGCUCUGUUUACACUGAAAUGUAGAGUGUGUGGAUGUUGUUGUACUAGGUUACACUAAAGAAUUGAUGUGUUUUUCAUACAGCAGUUUGCCAGCUAACUAACCUCAGGAGUGUCACUUGAAUAAACAGCUUUUUAUCUUUUUUUU